AUGCCGCUGGUGCUCGCCUGCCUGAUCGACAAAAUCGUGACGAAGGAGCGGGAGAAGGCCCUCUCCCGGAAGUUCGAGAACGCCUUCGGGCCCCUGCUCUACCGGCUGAUCUUCCACAAGUGGACGCUGGGCAGGGUGCCGGGCAGCAACUUCCUGGCCAACAUCCUGCUGAGCUGGAGCCACAGAGGCCUCUUCAAGCAGAAGCAGCUGGACGAGUGCACGAGGCCGCUCAUGCUGCUCACCGCGUACGCGCGCUCGGACGGCGUGCCCGACGGAGAGGACAAGGACCUGAGAACGGCGCCGGCUGGUACAAGAUCGUGCGGGGCCCCGAGAGGGUGGAGCUCCCCACGGAGCCGCCCACGGCGGAAGCGGUGCAGACCACCGCGACGCCGGUGGUCGGCGACGCCGGCGCCCUCGCGGAGGCGGAGCCCGAGGCACCGCCACAGCCCGUGGCCUCAGGACGCCGGGGCCACGGAUGCGCCGGGCGCGCAGCCGACGGUCGAGACGCCAGUGGCCACGGCUCAGCAGACCGUGGAGAGCCCGGCCGACGUGCCGUCGCCGCAGCAGGACGACGAGGAGGACGCGCCGACGGAGGACCUCUUCGGCAGCCCCCUGCCAGACGAGGAGGACGAGCAGCAGCCGAUGCCCCUGGCAGACCCGCAGGCGACUGCGACUUCGCAAGAUCCUGCCCUGCAGGCUACGCAGCGCUUCCCGGACCCAGCCUCGCAGGCGACGCAGGCCUACCCGGAGGCGGGCCUCGGCGAGCCCCCCGCGAAGAGGCCCCGCCAGGGCGAGUGA